CAUCAUGAUGACGAUGAUGCCCGGUCUCGUGGCUAUGUACCCGAGCUUGGUGCAUCAUCCCGCGGGCGCGUUUCAUUCCCCCACGCCGCCAACGUUCCAUGCGCACUCUGGGUUUCGGGCUCGCUCCGGCUUUCUGGUGGAGGAUUUGUUGCGCAUCAGCUCUUCUUCUCCUUCUUCUUCUUCAUCCCCUCUUUCCUCCACGAUCAUUCCAUCCGAGCCUCCCGUAGAAGGAUUUUCUUCUCCAAAGACUCCGGGCAAAGACCAGACCCACCUUAAAUUCGGUGUUAAUGCCAUCCUGGCACACACCCCCAAUAAACACUCAGUUGCUCGUCCUCUUCCUGAAGUUCACUCUAAAGCUCUCACAGUUCCUUAUUUCGAUGGAUCUUUCUAUCCUUUUCUUCGCUCGUCCUACUUCCCUGGCUCCUCCUCGGUGGUCCCGGUUCCUGGGACGUUCUCAUGGCCACUGGCCUCCAGGGGAAAGCCGAGGAGAGGGAUGCUGCGCAGGGCCGUGUUUUCCGACGUGCAGCGUAAAGCACUUGAGAAAAUGUUCCAAAAGCAGAAGUACAUCAGCAAACCGGAUCGGAAAAAAUUGGCCACCAAACUGGCCCUUAAAGAUUCUCAGGUGAAGAUCUGGUUUCAGAAUCGGCGGAUGAAGUGGAGGAACUCCAAGGAGCGUGAGCUUCUGUCGUCUGGAGGAUGCAGGGAGCAGACACUGCCCACACGGACCAACCCUCAUCCUGACCUGAGCGACGUGCGGGAUAAAUCGUUAGGCCACGAAGAGUUUGAAGAGGAGGACGGAGUGAGGAUCGAAGACACGACAAACUCGUACCAUUCGCCCAAGUCUGAGUGCUCACAUUUUACCAUGUCGUCGCCUUCAUGCAAACACUCAGACUCUUCUGACUCUGAGGAUGAGAUCAUGGUUUCAUAAGUGUGUGUGUGUGUGUGUGUGCAUGGGAGCGUGUGUGAGUGUGUGUGUGAUCUUAGUAAUCAGCACACGGGUGGCUCUUGCUGUGUUGCACAGCGAUUUUGGAACUGUACAGUAUUUUGUACAAAUAUUUUUGUAUGGAUAUUUUAUACCA